AUGAACAAAAAUGGAACAGCUAAAAUGAAUGAUAAUCAAAUUAGAGCAGAAGGUAGAAGGUUAUUUAAACGCUUCUAUAACAUUCCUGAUGGUGUUAAUCCUAAAACUCGUAGAAGUUAUUUAAAUGAAGCAAUAGAUGCAUAUGAAGGGUUUGACAUUUCAUCAGAAAGUGAGAGGUUAGCAAGAAUGUUAAACGUUAAUAUUGAUUUUUAUUAUUGUGACCCUCAACCAGAAGACGUAGACAUUAACAAGGUAGACUUUCCAUUAGUGGAAUCAAUAAUGAUAGAUCCAGAAUUUGAAACAGUAAAUAUUUUAUUAACACAGAGUCCAUGUGGAAAACUUCACGCUGACAGAAUAACAGACGUUGAAGCACUCACCGGCUAUAGAGUUUGCCCCUUUUGCAAAGAAGAAGUAUAUUCUAUCCGUGAUGAUCCAGAAAGGAAAAACCAAAGAAGAUUUUUAAAACAUUGUGAGAAAUGUAAAGAAAAUAAUGGAAGAUUAAUUCAAGACGUUCAAUUGCAAAACACACAACAACCAUAUGCACCACAUAUCACGAAACAGAAGAUAUAUCAAUGGCUAUUAGCACAUAAUUUGCAGGAAUAUUAUAAACCAACAAGAUAUUAUAUUACUUUUGACUUCGAAACAUUAGAGACUAAAGAAGAACUUCAACUUUCUGAAUGUGCAACUUUGAAUGCUUACUUAAAACCAUUCAUGGUCUCAUCAACUGUCAAAAUAAAGCCGCAAACGGACUCUUUGAGUCCUGAAGGUCUUUCAGACCGAAGCGGCGAGGUCGUAGACCGUGA